AGUGACAACACUGACAGCACCAAAGCAACCUAACCGCCCACUGCCCACUUGAUCAAACAACUUUUCCUUUCUAUAUCGCGCGGAGAAUACCAACAACCAGUUGACGUCGAGUUGUUCAGGUGGCUGUGGAGUGGAUUUCGGUUGUUACAGCUGUCAAAAUAUCCAAAAAAAAUGUUUAGUGGCCUCAACGUGUAGUGCCGAAUAGAAUUUUCAUUUAAAAUAGAGAGUGAAAAUUUUUGAACUAACGUUCUCGAAGUGUGGAAUAAAUCGUUUAUUCUUAUGCUUAUAAGUUCUUUCUUCUAUAAAUUAAGGCCCACAAUUUGACAUUAAAGAUGGAUACACACUCUAUUGGAAUUUUGAAGCUGUUUCUCUUCAAAAUGGUCGUAUUAGUCCUGUGUCUAGCUUCCACAGCCAGUGCAGCGAAUCUCCCUCCAUCGACAACUUCACUUGAAGUAGCAUCGGAUAUUCGAGUUCAAUGUAAUAACGAUGAAAUUGUAGUGAGUAUAACUACUAAAUCAGGAAGAUUCAAUGGAAUGGUUUAUCCAAGAGGCCUUUCGAAAAACAGCACCUGUAUGGGAGAAUGGAUUCACAAGAAAUCACCUAUUGAGUAUACUCUACCUCUUAGAGGCUGCAAUACCAUGAGUACUGACCUGGACGAUGGAGGCAUAGAAUACUACAACACGAUUGUAGUACAGCCUCAUUUGAAACUGGUGACGAAUCAAGGUAGAGGUUUCCAUAUAAGGUGUCGCUAUAAUACUCGGAACAAUACAGUCACCAAUGAUUCGCUCAAAGUCGAUUUACAGGGCGCUGAUCGUUUAACGGCUCUGGCUCCUAUGCCUGGCUGUAGCAUGCGCAUCUUUUCGGGAGACCCAACCAAAAAAGAAGUGGCGGAAAACGUUAAAAUCGGGGAUCCCCUGACGCUCGUCGUAACUUUGGAUGAACAAGACACUUACGGUAUCCACGUAACCGAUUGUUUAGUCAGAGACGGUCUCGGUUGGGGGGAACAAAAAUUGAUUAACGACGACGGGUGUCCCACCGAUCCGGAAAUUAUGGGAAUGUUCCGGUAUUCUGAAGACAAGACUAAAGCCUAUGUGGAAUUCCAAGCACACAAAUUUCCUUACACGGCUUCCGUUUAUUAUCAGUGUAAUGUCAAGUUGUGUUUGAAGGCAGAUAAAAGUUGUGACGUCGAGCCCACUUGUUGGAAUUCCAGUGGUAACAGAAUCCGGCGACAGGCGCGCUCGCAAACCACGGAAGGAGAAGGUACACCAGCCACCAUAAACGUAUACAGUGGUUUAUAUGUGAACGAAGCCAAUGAUUCCGCAAAAACUGAAGAAGAUUCCGUAUUUAGCGAAAAAACUUCAGACAGUAUCUGCAUAUCUCAGAAGAGUUUCGCCAUCGGAAUAUGCAUAGCGGGUCUCAUUUUGAUGCUGUGCGUUGUUGCCGCCAUCUUAUGUCUCCUAGCCAAGAGAAGGAAGAAGACGACUUCGCACUCGAGCGGUUCAAUUUACAGCGGACCUUACACUAAUACCGCUUACAGCCAUACUAGUUAAAAUUUUAACGAUUUAAAUCAUUUUUUUCCCUUCUUUCGAUUCUUAAUUUUUUCACUCGUACUGCCAUGGUUUUCGAUCCAAGUUUUUUUUGAGGUAGCUCAAAGUGCCAUAAACUUGGUAUAAACUAAACUUUUUUCGAAAAAAAUUAACGCUCUUAUUACCAGAACCUAUAAUUUGGUAUUUAUCCUAUUGAUUGCGCCAAUUUUCUGGAAAUAUACAUCAAAAUACAAAUUUUAUGGGACUUUUUGAGGUUUAGCUGCAACAUUUGUGAUAUUAAAAAUCGAGUGAACAUUUUUUUCGUUAAUAUACAGGGGUAAGGUGGUGGGUUAUUUGUACUUCUAAAAAUUGAAAAGGAACUAUCAAAAAAAAAACGAUUUUUCAUCUAUUAUAAAUCGUUAAAAAAUAUUUUUUAUGUUUCUUUUCGUUAAACGGAACAAACCACUAGUGACUUUACUGCGCCAAUUUAAUAUUCAAUAAUCAAAUUCCUUAAUUGAUAAGAAUCCUAUUGAAUGCGCCAGUUUAACGAAUUUCAUUCGCGCACUUUUGGUUUGUUCCUCGUUUGAGUACGAAAUUUUCCUGGGACUCAGAAGCCGUGAAGAUUUCGUACUGGCUUCACUUUUUUUCCUUUAUCGAAUUUUUUUUUUCAUGAUUUUGAAUCACAAUCUCAUUGUUAUAAUGUACAUAAUUUACAAAUGAGAAUCUGGUUCCUAAUCGUUUAGCUAAAAACAUUUUAAUAAAUGACACUUCAUCAA